AUGGCCGAUAUCUCCUUGGAGGACGUGAAGAACGAGAAUGUCGACCUUGAGAAAAUCCCGGUGGAGGAAGUGUUCGAGCAGCUGAAAUGCUCGAAACAAGGGUUGAGCACAGAUGAGGGAACGAAAAGGCUUCAGGUUUUCGGCAAGAAUAAGCUUGAGGAAAAGAAGGAGAGCAAGGUUCUCAAGUUCCUAGGGUUCAUGUGGAAUCCCUUAUCAUGGGUGAUGGAGCUGGCUGCAAUCAUGGCCAUUGCUUUGGCCAAUGGAGGGGGAAAGCCUACGGAUUGGCCGGACUUCGUCGGUAUUGUGGUGCUUCUGUUCAUCAACUCAACUAUCUCAUUUAUCGAAGAGAACAAUGCUGGCAAUGCUGCCGCAGCUCUUAUGGCUAGUCUUGCCCCCAAGACCAAGGUGUUAAGGGAUGGAAAAUGGGGUGAGAAAGAGGCAGAAAUUUUGGUACCCGGGGAUAUCAUCAGCAUUAAGUUGGGAGACAUAGUCCCAGCUGAUGCUCGUCUCCUGGAAGGUGAUCCUUUAAAGAUUGACCAGGCUGCACUCACUGGUGAAUCCCUACCGGUUACCAAAAACCCCGGCGAUGAGGUCUUCUCUGGAUCUACUUGCAAGCAGGGUGAGAUUGAGGCUGUUGUUAUCGCAACUGGAGUCCACACUUUCUUUGGCAAGGCUGCACACUUGGUGGAUAGCACCAACCAAGUUGGUCACUUCCAAAAGGUGUUGACAUCUAUUGGUAACUUCUGCAUCUGCUCCAUUGGAGUUGGAAUGGUGAUUGAGAUAUUGGUGAUGUACCCCAUUCAGCACAGGGCAUAUAGAGAUGGUAUUGACAAUCUGUUGGUGCUCCUAAUCGGAGGUAUCCCCAUUGCCAUGCCAACGGUGUUAUCCGUGACCAUGGCUAUUGGGUCUCACCGCUUGUCACAGCAGGGUGCCAUCACCAAGAGGAUGACAGCCAUUGAAGAAAUGGCAGGAAUGGAUGUACUUUGCAGUGACAAGACCGGAACUCUCACCCUCAACAAGCUUACUGUCGACAAGAGUCUGAUUGAGGUGUUCCCUAAGAACUUGGACAAAGAUGGAGUGGUCUUGCUCUCUGCCAGGGCUUCCAGGAUAGAAAACCAGGACGCAAUCGAUGCUUCAAUUGUUGGGAUGCUGGGUGACCCAAAGGAGGCAAGAGCAGGGAUCACUGAGGUACAUUUCCUGCCCUUCAACCCUGUCGAAAAGCGCACAGCAAUCACCUACAUUGAUAGCAAUGGGGAUUGGCACAGAUGCAGCAAGGGUGCUCCUGAGCAAAUCAUUGACCUAUGUGACCUUAAGGGAGAAGCGAGGAAGAAGGCACACGAAGUCAUUGACAACUAUGCUGACCGUGGUCUUCGUUCAUUGGGUGUGGCACGACAGACAGUAUCAGAGAAGACCAAGGAAAGUGCUGGUGAUCCAUGGGAGUUUGUUGGUCUAUUGCCUCUCUUUGAUCCUCCAAGGCAUGACAGUGCCGAGACUAUCCGCCGUGCUCUUGAGCUUGGUGUCAAUGUAAAGAUGAUCACUGGUGACCAACUUGCCAUUGGAAAGGAGACCGGCCGAAGGCUUGGCAUGGGCACCAACAUGUACCCUUCAUCUACCCUUCUUGGCCAAAGCUUGGACGAGUCCAUUGCUACAAUUCCUGUUGAUGAGCUCAUUGAAAAGGCUGAUGGAUUUGCUGGAGUCUUCCCUGAGCACAAGUAUGAGAUUGUCAAGAAGCUGCAGGAGAGGAAACACAUCUGUGGUAUGACCGGAGAUGGUGUGAAUGACGCCCCGGCUCUCAAGAGAGCAGACAUUGGCAUUGCAGUGGAUGAUGCAACUGAUGCAGCCAGGAGUGCCUCAGACAUUGUACUGACUGAGCCAGGCCUGAGUGUUAUAGUGAGCGCCGUGUUGACAAGCAGAGCCAUCUUCCAGAGGAUGAAGAACUACACCAUUUAUGCUGUUUCCAUCACAAUCCGUAUUGUGGUGGGAUUCAUGCUCCUUGCUCUCAUCUGGAAGUUUGACUUCUCACCAUUCAUGGUCUUGGUCAUUGCAAUCUUGAAUGACGGCACCAUCAUGACCAUCUCUAAGGAUAGAGUGAAGCCAUCUCCUCUGCCCGACUCCUGGAAGCUCAAGGAAAUCUUUGCCACUGGAAUUGUCCUCGGAACUUACAUGGCUGUCAUGACUGUGGUCUUCUUCUGGAUUGCACACAGCACUCAGUUCUUCUCUAGAGUAUUUGGUGUGCGACAUAUUGGGGACGACGCGGCGCAGCUUACCUCUGCUGUCUACCUCCAAGUGAGCAUUCUCAGUCAAGCGCUCAUCUUCGUGACCCGAUCAAGGAGCUUCUCCUUUCUUGAACGCCCCGGUACCAUGCUCAUGGGUGCCUUUCUUGCAGCGCAGUUGGUGGCUACCCUCAUUGCUGUGUAUUGUAGCUGGGGCUUUGCUAGAAUCGAUGGUGUCGGAUGGGGAUGGGCAGGUGUUAUCUGGAUCUACAGCAUUGUCACCUACUUCCCUCUCGACAUCUUCAAGUUCAUAAUCCGUUACGCAUUGAGUGGCCAUGCUUGGGAUAGUGUUGUACAGCACAAGACUGCCUUCUCAACAAACAAUGACUAUGGAAAGGCUGAGAGAGAGGCACAGUGGGCAGCAACUCAACGAACACUCUCUGGUCUCCAGUCUCCUCCGGAAUUGUUCCACGGCAACCACCAUGGGGAUGAGCAAUCGAUAGCUGAGCAAGCCAAGAGACGAGCAGAAGUUGCUAGGCUGAGGGAGCUCCACACCUUAAAGGGGCACGUCCAAUCUGUGGUCAAGCUGAAGGGGCUUGAUAUCGAAACUAUCCAGCAGAACUACACCGUCUAG